AAGGUUGCAUUGUGACAUUUGGUUUGACUACAUACAAUUCUGGGUUGCAUUUAAACAAAGUAUCGUGAAAAUUAAAAUAGAUGUGGAGGCAUACAAUGAAAGAAGAAGAAGCAGCUGUAAUCGUGACUCGAAAGUGAAAGUUACUUUAAUGUUCCAUCCUUCUCGCCGCCCCCAAUCCAGUAAUCUCAGAAACAAAGCGGAGACUGAGGCGGACGAAGCUCCAGAAGCAACCAGCAGCAGACGUAACAGCGAUGGCCGUCUACAACCAGCAGCCCAUAUUCUGUCCGAAAAUUCCUUUCUCUGGUUCCAUCCCAGGAGGCCUUUGUGAGGGGAAGGUGAUCACCAUCACUGGCAGGGUUCUGCCUAAUGCCGACAGGUUUGACAUCAAUUUCAAAAGCGGACCGGACAACGCACUCCACUUUAAUCCUCGUUAUGAAGGCGGCGAUAAAUAUGUGGUCUGUAACACCUGUAAUAACUCAUCAUGGGGCAGUGAGGAGAGGACUUACAAAGACUUUGUCCAGCAGGGUUCUCUGUUCACUCUUACUUUUCUGGUCAACCCAGAUUCUUACACAGUGCUUUGGGAUGGGGAUAACUUUCUCCAGUAUCAACACCGGAUUCCCAUCUGCAAAGUAGAUACUAUAAAUGUGAACGGGGCAGUAGAUGUGGCAUCCAUAUCAUUCCAGACACCAGCACCCCCGAUGUCCAAUGGUCAGAACUUUGCGGCCCAGAUGUCCAUCGGUCAGAACUUUGUGACCCCAAUGUCUGUUGGUCAGAACUUUGCGACCCCAUUGUCCAUUGGUCAGAAUUUUGCGGCUCCCUUGGGAAGCUCAAUGACAGCACCACUCUUUUCUGCUCAACCUAACUAUGUGGUGCCAUACAAGGCUGCCAUUUAUGGAGGCAUGUUUCCUUCAAAGUCGAUUGUGAUCCAGGGCAGCAUCCCGCAUUCUGCAAAAAGGUUCCAUAUCAAUCUAAGAUCUUCUUCUGGAAUUGCUAUGCAUCUAAAUCCCAGGCUGAAUGAGAGUUGCGUGGUGCGAAACAGCUUUCUGAAUGGCAGCUGGGGUUCUGAGGAGAGAGACCUUUCCUGGAUGCCUUUCAAGCCGGGCCAGAAUUUCACGAUCACCAUUGUUUCUGAGAGUCACUGUUUAAAAGUGAUGGUGGAUGGUGCGCACACCUUCAACUACAAUCAUCGAGUUUCCCAGUUACACCAGAUCGACUGUCUCGAAAUUGAUGGAGAUGUUAACCUUAGCUUUGUGCAAUGCUGAGGCCCAUGACUUUCAUCUGAGGGCUCAAGAGUGAUGGUUCUGAUUGUUUUUUUUUUGGAAUACCACAAAUAGUAACAUAUCCUCAUACAGGCUUUAGUUAUAGCAAGUUAUUCAGAUGCCAACAUACAGUAGAGCAUAGCUAGAAAACAAUGGGCUAAAAUUUCACUUGCUUAUUACCAGAACUGGAGGCAUGUUUUCUAUAUUAUAGAAAAAAAAUUCAUGGAGGCCAAUUCUGAAAUUUUGUAAUAUCCAUCCUGUGAGAAUUUCUGCUGUUUCGGUUCCUGCUGCUGUCUAAAAGCAGUCGCAGAAUUCAACAUUUCAGUUUUUAAUUCUCCUUCAUCUGUAUUCAUUCAGCCGCAGAUCCAUUCAAGACUCGUGCUAUUCUAUAAAUGUCAACAUAAAGCAUGCAGUCAAAAAGGCAAAAAUUACAAAAUGCAUUCAUAUGUCUAUAUUACAAUUUUCACAUUUGUCUCAAGAUAAAAAAAAAGUAUAUUUUUUCAAGAAUGAAUAUUUUUUCAAAUUUUAAAAAAGUGCCUACCUAUUUGGGCUGAAUUGUUUAGAAUUAUGUUGCGCCACAAGCUGGACACUUUUAUCAAACUUAAUACUCAGUCCUGAUGCACACACCGCAUACUUUUUUAUUUUCAUGUUUCUGUAAUGAAUACUUUUGUGUGUGUAAUUCCCAUCAACGUUUUUGUGCCUGAAGCACCUUUCAUGCUUGUCUCAACAGCACAGUUCUGUUUUUUCUCCGCCAGCUUUUGCAUUUUUGCUUCACCUAAAGUUCUUAUGUUAAAUUUCAUAUUCAUAUCCUUACAGUGUAGAAGUAUUUCAAACCUGUUAAAUAAAUGAGAAGUUGUUCAUUA